UUCCUUCACAUUUGCAAGUUCCAAACGGGGCGCAAGGGUUUGAGAUUCUCUUUGCGUUUCAAUUAAACUCGUCUCUUAACCCGACGAUUUCCCGGCCCAACCCGCGUCGGUCAUCUCGCAAAGUUCCGAGCCACCGGCGGUGGUCUUUCCGACGAACCCAGGUGCGUUCCUUCUUCACUUGGAUUGGUAAAUUAGGUUUUCAAGUGAAGGUAGAACUGUUGUUCCAGUUGAAACAUACGUUGAAUUGCUCUGGUCCCAACACUGCAGAUUCAUGGGCGCAGUUGGUUUCCACGGCAGUUCAUCAUCUGUAUGUCCAAUCAAAUCCUCCGGUGGUGUUACUCGUUGCUCCGCCGCAUAUUCUAGUAGACCCAGUUGCUUCCCAUUUGAUAUGAAUCAGGGGAGGAGGGUCAAUUGUAUGGCCUCCACUAUUCCAGUUCAAGAAAUGAAAGAGGAAGGUCAACUACGGUUGACUGGUGAUUCUUUCAUUCGUCCUCAUCUCCGCAAGUUGUCUCCCUAUCAUCCCAUUUUGCCUUUUGAGGUUUUGUCAACACGUCUGGGCCGAAAGCCUGAGGAUAUUAUUAAGUUAGACGCAAAUGAAAACCCAUAUGGUCCACCUCCAGAGGUUUCUGAGGCUUUGGGGUCAAUGAAAUUUCCAUACAUUUAUCCUGAUCCUGAAAGCCGUAGAUUGCGUGGUGCUCUUGCCCAGGAUUCGGGUCUUGGAUCUGAAUAUAUUCUUGCAGGGUGUGGUGCAGAUGAGCUAAUUGAUUUGAUUAUGCGUUGUGUUCUGGAUCCUGGUGACAAAAUUGUGGACUGCCCCCCGACAUUUACAAUGUAUGAGUUUGAUGCAGCUGUUAAUGGGGCACUUGUCGUAAAAGUACCUCGGAAGUCAGACUUUAGCUUGGAUACAGAGCUGAUCGCUGAAGUUGUUGAGCAGGAGAGGCCAAAGUGCAUAUUUUUAACUUCUCCUAACAAUCCUGAUGGGAGUAUAAUCAGUGAUGAAGUUCUCUUGAAGAUCCUUGACCUGCCUAUAUUGGUUGUGCUGGACGAAGCGUACAUUGAAUUUUCAGGAAUUGAAUCUAGGAUGCAAUGGGUGAAGAAGCAUGAGAAUCUAAUUGUCCUUCGCACAUUUAGUAAGAGAGCUGGUUUAGCUGGACUCAGAGUUGGAUAUGGAGCAUUUCCUUUGAGUAUUAUUGAGUAUCUGUGGAGAGCAAAACAACCAUAUAAUGUGUCUGUUGCUGCAGAAAUUUCUGCAUGUGCAGCACUAAAGAAUCCGGACUAUUUGGAGAAGGUUAAAAUGGCUUUGGUGGAAGAACGUGAGAGACUCUUCCAACUUUUGAAAGAAGUGCCUUUUCUCAACCCAUAUCCAAGCCACUCCAAUUUCAUUCUUUCCGAGGUUAUGUCUGGGAUGGAUGCUAAGAAAUUGAAGGAAGAUCUUGCGACGAUGGGUGUCAUGAUACGUCACUUCAAUACUAAAGAAUUGAAGAGCUGUAUUCGAGUCUCUGUUGGUAAGCCUGAGCACACAGAUAUCUUAAUGGAGUGCCUCAAUCGCUUUCGUUGAAUUCCUCUCUAUGCUAAAGAUUCUCUUUGGUGGAGAAGGAAACGUAUAGACCUUUUACUUUUAAGUUAGAUUUGAUUCACUCUUCUUUUUUUUAAAAAGAACGAGAACGGUGAAUCAAUUCCUCUAUGUUAAAAAUUCUCUUUUGUGGAGACGAAAAUGUAUCAGACCUUUAGCUUGAAGUGAGAUUUGAUUUACUGAAAGAACAUUGGAUCAAAUCUAACUUACAGUAAAAGAUCUUAUACGUUUUCAUCUCCACCUAAGAGAAUCUUUAGCAUAGAGAGGAAUUGAUUCACUGUUUUUUUACUUAAAAAAAAAAAAAAACACAGUGAAUCAAAUCUUACUAAAGUAAAAGGUCUGCUACGUUUUUGUCUCCACCAAUUGUGGUCGGAGUUUUUCAUGCAAUUCUUGUAACAGUAGUCCCUGUCACUGCACUUUUAGUGUUGAACAUGUCAUUGGACUUCCAAGUGUCCGCAUUCUAUUUUAUUGUGGAAAGGAAAAAAUACUCAGGUUGAUGUCAA